AUGCAGAUAUCACCUGUUUCUGAUGCUGCCAUUGUUGAAACGAACAAGGCUUCUUCCUCGAUUGAGGAUGCAGAGUGCUUGAACCAGAAACAGAAGACUGAGGAGUUACGGCAGGAGAGAAGUGAAGAUAGCAACGACAAUCACCGGAAAGGGUUGAAGCCAAGGCUUACUUGGACAAAAGAAAUGCAUCAGAAGUUCUUGGAUGCCAUUGAAAUAUUGGGAAAUGGCAAUGCGGUUCCCAAGAAAAUAGUUGAAGUUAUGGGCGUUCCCAGGCUUAGCAGGGAGAACGUUGCUAGCCAUUUGCAGAAAUAUCGUUUCAUGAAACAAGCGGAAUAUUUCCCGCGCUCACGUGCCAGUGAUAAUGCGAGAAACAUGAUGCAACUCAGAGCGAUAAACAUGAUGCAACUGAGAGCGAAACAAUAUUGUUCAUCUUCUGACAACUCCAACACCAGCGAAGGUGGAAAUCAUGAUUAA